AUGGGAAUUCACAUACCAUAUCUCACGUCCAAGGCAUCGUGGUCAAAUGCUAGCGAUGCCGUUGGGAAUGCUGACAGUGUAGAGUUCAACAAUGAGCGUGACUCGCCUUCAAAGACGACUAAAGUUACGCUUGAGUCACACGAAAUACAGAGGGCUCCUGCCAGCGAUGAUGAAGACAGGAUUCAAAUUAAACCUGUAAACGACGAGGAUGACACAUCUGUCAUGAUCACUUUCAAUCAAUCUCUUUCUCCCUUCAUUAUCACGCUGACCUUUGUCGCAUCCAUAUCCGGGUUCAUGUUCGGUUACGACACUGGUUAUAUAUCCAGUGCUCUGAUCUCGAUCGGCACAGAUUUAGACAAUAAGGUACUCACUUAUGGGGAGAAAGAAAUUGUCACUGCAGCUACAUCUCUGGGAGCUUUGAUUACGAGUAUAUUCGCCGGUACUGCGGCUGACAUAUUUGGUAGGAAGCGUUGUUUGAUGGGGUCUAAUCUGAUGUUUGUCAUUGGCGCAAUCCUACAGGUCUCUGCGCACACAUUCUGGCAAAUGGCCGUUGGUAGACUGAUCAUGGGUUUUGGUGUCGGUAUCGGCUCCUUGAUUGCUCCACUUUUCAUCAGCGAAAUCGCUCCCAAGAUGAUUAGAGGGAGGCUAACCGUCAUCAAUUCCUUAUGGUUGACUGGUGGUCAAUUAGUCGCUUACGGUUGCGGUGCUGGGUUAAACUAUGUCAACAACGGCUGGAGAAUUCUUGUUGGUUUGUCGCUGAUUCCCACCGCCGUGCAGUUCACAUGUCUGUGCUUCUUGCCGGACACUCCAAGAUACUACGUUAUGAAGGGCAAUUUGGAAAGGGCGACUGAGGUCCUUAAGAGGAGUUACACCGACACUUCUGAGGAAAUCAUCGAACGUAAAGUGGAAGAACUUGUUACUUUGAAUCAAUCCAUUCCCGGUAAGAAUAUCCCCGAAAAAGUCUGGAAUACCAUCAAAGAAUUGCACACAGUCCCAUCUAAUCUAAGAGCCUUGGUCAUCGGUUGUGGCCUACAGGCAAUUCAACAGUUUACCGGUUGGAAUUCGUUGAUGUAUUUUUCCGGCACCAUUUUCGAAACCGUCGGUUUCAAAAAUUCUUCCGCAGUUUCGAUCAUCGUUUCCGGUACCAAUUUUAUCUUCACUUUAGUUGCGUUUUUCUCCAUUGACAAAAUUGGCCGUAGAACCAUUUUGCUAAUUGGAUUACCGGGCAUGACCAUGGCUUUAGUCGUGUGCUCUAUUGCUUUCCACUACCUAGGUAUUAAGUUUGAUGGCGCUGUCGCUGUUGUGGUUUCCUCUGGUUUCUCAUCUUGGGGCAUUGUGAUCAUCGUAUUUAUUAUCGUGUUUGCUGCGUUCUACGCCCUUGGUAUCGGUACUGUUCCAUGGCAACAAUCUGAAUUAUUCCCACAAAACGUAAGAGGUAUUGGGACUUCAUAUGCAACUGCUACAAAUUGGGCUGGUUCUCUGGUUAUUGCAUCCACAUUUUUAACCAUGUUACAAAAUAUCACUCCCGCAGGUACAUUUGCCUUUUUCGCCGGAUUAUCGUGCAUAUCAACCAUUUUCUGCUACUUCUGUUAUCCAGAGUUGUCAGGAUUGGAAUUGGAAGAAGUGCAAACUAUCUUAAAGGACGGGUUCAAUAUCAAAGCGUCGAAGGCUUUGGCCAAAAAGAGAAAACAGCAAGUUGCCAGAGUCCAUGAAUUGAAAUAUGAACCAACUCAAGAAAUUAUAGAGGACAUAUGA